GCGUACAUGAUGGGCUUCUUGGAACGUCAUUAAUAUUCACUAGUAAAACCUUUGCCAUAGUAUUUUAAUGGUAUCGCGCUUCGUUCCUACUACGCUUCGAUCGAUUCGUAAGGUCUGAGACUCUGAACAGGUACCUGCUCAACAGGAGGUGAGGCCACGACAGAUUUGUGUGUGUGUCGUAAACAGAAACUCAUAGUUUCCCGGAACACAGCAAAUUACAUUUCGGCCAAACCAUGAACGUUUUCAGGUGGGCUGUGGAAAUAAAGGAAACUCGGGUCUAAAAGUAUAAAUUAACAGUUAGCAUUUAAAGUUGAAUAGAAAUGCUCAUGUUUGUUGUCCUGCUGUGGUAUUUCACUUCAUGUGGACACUGUGCUUGUAUAUCAAACACCCUGCCAUCAGAAGCUGAUCACAAUAAAGUGUUUGUUGUGGACCAGGAGGCCAACACAUUUCUAGGACGCCACCUGUUGUUCAACCGCUUCGAUUUCGAGAUCUUCACUCCAGGUAAUCUGGAAAGGGAAUGUUACGAAGAGAUCUGCAACUAUGAGGAGGCUCGGGAAGUCUUUGAAAAUAUCCCAGAUACAAAUACAUUUUGGAAGACAUAUACACAGGAUCAAGGGGAACAACAAUCAAAAGUUGAUGUAACAGCAUUGCUGGUGGGCAUCAUCUCAGCUGGAGUCUUUAUUGUUAUAGUUGGUCUCCUUAUCUGGUACUGCUGCCAUGGGAGAAAUAAAGAUCAUGUCUUUAGAGGCUCCAUCAGACGUCGAUCCACCAGAAGCAAUGCCUCCGUGAUAAUCCGGAGGCUAGAGGAGGUCUCCCUACAUCCUAUUCCACAUACACUCCCAGAUGACCACAUAGAUCCUCAUGGUUUACCUUCUUAUGAACAGGCCAUAGCCAUCACUGGACCACAUGAUGCCCCACCUCCACCAUAUCCUGGUUCCAGGCCAGGCAGCAUUCGGCGGUGACAACAAUAUUUCUUAAACUGAUCCAGGGUGGACCAAGCAGUAUUUUUUUUUAUUUAGAAACUGGAAAUGUGUUAAUGCCUCGGCAUUCAAUUGUAAUUAAAUACCCAGGAAAAUAGCUAAUAUACAUGUUUAGGAAGAUUAACAGGUACACUGCUUCUAGCAUUUGCUCUGUUGUGUAACUAAGCAAUGAGAUGGAGUCACUGUAUGCAAUUAAAUCAUAAUCUGAGUGAGUAGCUGGCGAAAGUAAAACUAAUUGGAAAGAUAAGAAAGAAAAGUCUUUUCACGGUUUUUAUUUUGUACAUUGUUCUUGUGUUUUUAAAAAAAUCUAAAAACAUGGAAAACUGGUUUUGAUAUCAAUUAUUGUAAUUAUUAAAUGACUAAUCAUGAUGUUUUUUUGUUUAACGUGCUGGGCUUUAUAUGAAGGAGAAUAUAUGUAUAUUUUUGUAAAUGUCAUUUAUACAGCUGUAGAGAGUGUGAUUUAUAAUUUGUUAAUUUAGUGCUUAAAUACUUGCGAUUUGAAAAGAGAAGUUAUCAGUGCUUUCUUAAAAUCUCCUGAUAAAUCUGUGAUAACAAGAUUACCUCCUUAUCUAUCUCAUGCCAAUCAUGUUUGUAGUAGCUUUGUGAAUUUAGAUAAAUUAAUAAAUACAUUUGAAAUGUCCUAGUUUUACUGUCAGCAAGUCUUAGAGUAUUUUGCAAAAGGUUUGAUAUUACACGAUUACACAAGAGGUUUUUGGGGGUUAAAUCAUUGCGUUGAUGUUAAUGUUUUGCAUGUUCUCUGACCUUAACAUCAUGAAGAUAUUAAUACACCAUGUAAUAAACUCACAUCUUUGCUGACUA